AUGACAUCAUCCGCCGUGCUAAACGGUCAGAAAACAAUACACACGGCGGCGUGUCUUAUUAUCGGGGAUGAAGUGCUAGGUGGAAAAACAGUGGACACCAACUCCUCCUUCUUCGCCAAAUACUGUUUCUCUCUUGGAAUUGAGCUAAAGCGCGUGGAGGUGAUUGCAGAUGAUGAGGCUGAAAUCAUCGAAGCCGUCAGGCGAAUGAGCAGCAAAUAUGAUUUUGUGGUCACCAGUGGAGGUAUUGGGCCAACCCACGACGAUAUCACCUAUGAAUCGAUAGCCAAGGCAUUCGGCCUCAAAUUGAAUCUACACCUGCCCGCCUUUGAGCGAAUGAAGAGACUCUCCAAGCCUCACCCGAUGCAGGCGCAGUUCGAUUGGGAUACGCCCUCACCACGCCUUACUGCAAAGUUACGCAUGGUUGAACUACCGUAUGAUGAAAGUCUUCCCGAGGAACAACAGGCUGUCUUCGUCGCAGAUGAUACGUGGGUGCCCAUUGCUAUCGUCAAUGGUAACAUCCACAUUCUCCCCGGGGUCCCUCGGCUGUUCGAGCGACUGCUUGAGCAUUUGAAGCCUUCCCUUCUCCCGCGGUUGACAAAUCCCGAGGGUAAGGGCAUCUAUCGCUACAUGAUCAGCACCCCACUCCCGGAGAGCACAGUAGCACCCUACCUAUCAGACCUCGCUGCCAGAACUUCCUCUCGUGGCACUAAGGUUGGAAGCUAUCCUCGCUGGGGAAAGCAACGCAACACUGUGACGUUGGUUGGAACUGAUAAAGAGUUUAUGGAUUCACUGGUCCCAGAGGUGGAGCGGAAUGUCCAGGGCAAGAUGGUGUCCAAGGAAGACGAGCUUGACCCACCCUCUGACGAGGAAGGGGAAGCGAAAGAAUAUUCACAGUGA